GUGUGAGGAGGCCGGUGUGAGCUGCAGGAUCAGGGUAAAGCCGUUCCUCUCAUCCGCAAUGGAAGCCGGAAAUGGUAUGCAAUCUCGUCACAGUCCUGUGUUCGCUGGUGGUGACACAGAUCUAGCCCUCAGUUCUGAUAGUCUGGAUGACAGUGAUACAGAUAGUCUGUAUGAGGAGAGAAGAUAUCAGAGCGAACUCCAGAACCGGAUACAUAGUAACCAUGAGGUCAUCUUCCAUGCCAAGGUGGACACUGAGGAGCCCAAGGGUGAACUGAAAGCUGGAGAUACUGAGGGCUUGUCUCGCCAAGGAAAGGGUGCAAAAUCCAGCAUCAGGGCACAAGAGAUCCACACAUCCUACUCUGAAUUAAGAUAUGAUCCAGACUGGAGGAAGCACCAGAACAUGUUCCACAAAUAUGACCAGGAUGAGGAGGAAUUUCUAGAUGUGUCCUCUAUUGGCUCUGAACAAUGUUCAAAAGGGAUGACUUUAGACACCUCAGAAGACAGGGAUAGUGUAGAUGAUUACCCAUUUUGGAAGCCCCUUAAUGAUGUGUCCUCCAAGAACAAGAAGGUUGAAGCUACAACAAAACCAAAAUCUAAAGAAGGCAGGCAAAUAAGAAAACAUGGAGCCCACCAGAACGCAAUGGAUAAAAGGACCAUGGCACAACCAGAGGCAUCUAAAAAAGACAUUAUAGAGAAGAACAAGGUUACUUUGGGAGUACGGAAAGAGAAAACUCAAUCCUACUUUCACAUUCACAAAAAGAAAAUAGUGGAAACCAAAUCUGAACAGUGCAAUGAGAAAUUAGAUGUGCAACCUGUGGAGGACAGAUCACAUCUGGAGAAAGAAGCAAAAUUCCCUGAAGCCAUAGAAGAUUCAAGAUUAGCCGGCAGCCACAUCCAAGAGAAAACACCAAAGACCUUAAAAGUACAGGGUGCUUUAUCAAACAUCAAUGCUUCACAAUGGGAGGAUAUGGGAGUCUUCUCUGGGGAGUAUGAACCCGAAUAUAUGACAAUUGCUAGUUAUCCGGAUAGAUAUGGGGAUUCCCUUACAACGUUGAUGGGUCCAUAUUCUUCACUAAAACCUAUACAGAUCCAUAAUGAAUGGGCAUAUUACCAGAGCAUGAGACCCCCAGAAGUGAGAGAUGGCUAUCAUAUUAUGGAAACUGUCGGAUGUGCACGAGACCUCAUGGAGACGUAUAUGUACCCCAGCCAGAUUUCUUCACAAACAUAUACACCAAUGGCAAAGUCCACAAGAUCCAACAGCGUACCUGAAGCCAGUACCAGGGAUAAAGUCAGUAAUGGGAGAACCAAACCAUGCUCUUCAGAAGUGCGAAGGACAGCAGAAAAACAUCAAAAGAAGUUAAAAACGUUUCUCAAUCAAGAGGUGAAGUUAGGAGGCCUUGGACCAGUGCAAACCAUCAGCGAAGAAAAGAAAAAACAACUACAACAACAAAAGGAAUACGCCAAAGUGAUCCAAGAGCAAAUCCGCAACAAACCGGUGAAGCCGCGAGAAAUCCAAGUCAUGCACAACGACAAGAAUAAGAGCAUGAGGCAAAAGAGCUUGGAAUACGCCAAGAACGUCCCUCGGCCGCAGCCUGUACCUAAAGUGUCCAACGAGAAAAGAGUAGACAUCUCGGAGAAGCGAGCGAUGAGUUACGACUCCCUGUUCCCACACAUGAAGAUACUAGAAGAUCUGCACGCCAGACAUGAAAAGGAGAAGAUGGCGGUGGCUGCCCUGAAUGCCCUCCAUAUACUAUAAGUUUCCUGUGACAUAUACAAUGCCACUUGUCUGAAAACCAAUGGCAGAAAAUGCCUUGUUAGAUUAUAUUGUCUGACACUCCCACGCUCCAAAAAAUAAACAGAUUGGGUGGGGCUGACAACCAUGAAACGAGAAAUCUGCUUGGACUUUUGGAUGGUGUUCUCCUCCCCUAGACAGAAGACCAUCAUCACUAUGGACAUCUGAAUGAAGGAUCUACUGCAAUGCAUUGUG